AGUGUCACUUCCAAGAGCUGGCCUUCCAAACCAACGUCAGGCUUUCACCUCUGUGGACAUGGAAGUAGGAAAUCGCACCGUCCUGACCGAAUUCAUCUUGAUGGGUUUCUCAGCAGACCCCCAGCGGCAGCUGAUUCUGUUUGGAGUGUUUCUGAUGCUCUAUUUGGUAACCUUGUCAGGAAACAUGACCUUGGUUAUCUUAAUCCAAAUCGAUCCCCGUUUGCAUACGCCUAUGUACUUUUUCAUUGGCAACCUGUCUUUUUUGGAUUUCUGGUAUACGUCUGUGUAUAUUCCCAAAAUCCUGGCUAGUUGUGUCUCAAAAGAUAAGCGCAUUUCCUUGGCUGGAUGUGGGGCUCAGCUGUUUUUUUCCUGCGUUGUAGCCUACACUGAAUGCUAUCUCCUGGCAGCCAUGGCUUACGACCGCCAUGCAGCAAUUUGUAACCCAUUGCUUUAUUCAGGUACCAUGUCCACUGCCCUCCGUACUGGGCUUGUUGCUGGCUCCUAUGUAGGAGGAUUUUUGAAUGCCAUAGCCCAUACUGCCAAUACCUUUCACCUGCAUUUUUGUGGUAAAAAUAUCAUUGACCACUUUUUCUGUGAUGUAACACCAUUGGUAAAAAUGUCCUGUACAGACACGAGGACAUAUGAGAAAGUCCUCCUUGGUGUGGUGGGCUUCACAGUCCUCUCCAGCAUUCUUGCUAUCCUGAUUUCCUAUGUCAACAUCCUCCUGGCUAUCCUGAGAAUCCACUCAGCUUCAGGAAGACGCAAGGCGUUCUCCACCUGUGCUUCCCACCUCAUCUCUGUAACUCUCUUCUAUGGAUCUCUGUUGUUUAUGUAUUCAAGGCCUAGUUCCACCUACUCCCUAGAGAGGGACAAAGUUGCUGCCCUGUUCUACACUGUAAUCAACCCACUGCUUAACCCACUCGUCUAUAGCCUGAGAAACAAAGAUGUCAAAGAGGCCUUCAGGAAAGCAAUACAGACUACACGACCACAAACAUGAAGGUUGUUCUUUUUGCAAAUGCUGUUAUUGAAUUUUUCAGAUUAUUGGUUUAUAAAUGUGUUCAUAUGCAUUUCUAUAGUUCAAUCAAAUCCAAUAAGUCACAUUUAAAACAUUAAAAAGAUUGAGCAAAUGACUCUUUAAUUGUUAUUAGUUUGUUGUGAUGUAAACAAAACAAACUAAUCUUUAAAACUUAUAGUAUUGGGUUGUUUGACAUUCUGCAAUAUGGUAUUUUGUCUCAGCAGUAUUAGAGUUUUCAUAGAUUUCAUUGUGUUUGCUAUCUUUGGGAGAUCUUGGGAACAAAACAAAUUUUGUGGUUUAAUGAAUAUAUUUUGACUUUGAAGCUCAGUAAGCAAUCUUUACUAGGUGAGAAGAAUAUCUGAAAUGGUGACACUUCUCGAAAUAUGCUCAAGAUUUUACAAAUAUUUAAAAAAUAAUUUCCUCAAAAUUUUUUCAGAAAGCUCUAAUUGAAAAUAUAGGACAUAUCUUUGUAAAAACCUCAUGCUUUAUAUAUAAAGAAAAUAUUAGGAAAAUGUUUAAGAGUUGUUUAGAUUACAAACAACAAUGACAAUAAAACUAUUUCUAGAUUUAUGAAUAAAUAUGUGUCUUUAGAAUUGCAUGCCAUCUUAAAAGAGUGUUCUCUUACAUGGAGUAAGUACUCCGCAGUACUCUCUCAGACCACACAGCGAUGUAACAACACCAAAAUGAAACAUAUGAACAACAACAGUUACCACUGUUCCCUAGUUCGCUUUCUUUUUCCUUUGUCUUGACCAAUAAACAUAAGUUGGAUGUUUUUCCCUGCCCUCGACAAAGCCUGGGCCUUGAACAUUCCUAAGAACUGAUAAACUUGUUUAGGUUAAUGUCUGAAACUCUGAAAAUCAAACAUGUUGCUAACCACAUGGAAACUAGCUCUGGCUGUGAGCCCAAUUCCUUAAACCCUUAUGCAAACUCCAUAACUGAACCCCCUCGUGAUGGCAGGUUGGGUUGAUGUUUCAUUUAGUAGCCUUUAAAAGACUGCAAGUUAAGGACUAUUGGUAUCAUUUUUCAAAUCAGAAGCUUGCAGCUCAGAGGUUAGCACUUGCUUAAUGAAAGGUUAUAACGUUUGCUUUAAUGAGCAUAUUUACAAAAUUAAUUAAAAUUUAAAAAUUUAUGACAAAUCGUUGUAGCUAUUUCAUCUGUCUUUGCUUUGACAUUUCUCAUCUUUCCGUUCAGCUGCAUUUAUUUUCUAACACGUCCUACCUCUUUGCAUCAAAAUAAUCUUAACAUUCCUUAUGCCUCUAUCACAAAGGAAGCUUUUUGAGUACUUGACUAGAAGGAUUUGGGGUGUAUUCCCCAAAUAUCAAUGAUCCAUAUUAUGUUUUCUUUUAAUCUCCAUAAGACUCACUAUGUAGGAAAAACAUUAGGGGAAAAAACAAAGUAAAAUAUAAUUUUACUUUAGGAUGCCGGAAGUAUUACUCUUUCAUUUUGCAUUAAUCAAAGAUACUGAUUUUUAAAAACUGUAUCAAUAUUGAAUGGAAUCUAAAAUUCUGUAGUAUAUAUUAUAGUCUAAUCUCAAAAUCACAAAAGCAAAAAAUGCAAAGAAA